AUGAAGAGCAGGAUACCUCUCAUUCUUCUAGCCUGUGGCUCCUUUAACCCCAUCACAAACAUGCAUAUGCGUUUAUUUGAGCUGUCUAGAGAUCACCUGCACCAAACAGGAGGGUAUCAGGUGAUUGAAGGCAUAAUAUCUCCUGUUAAUGAUGGCUACGGAAAGAAAGGCUUGGUUUCAGCAAGGCACCGGGUAGCAAUGGCUAAACUAGCCCUGGAGACAUCUGACUGGAUUCGAGUUGAUCCAUGGGAGAGUGAGCAGGAUACAUGGAUAGAGACAGUAAAAGUAUUAAGGCACCAUUACAACGAAUCACUCAGAUUGCUCCAAAAACCAAGCAAGUAUAGAAAUCUCUCCUUUAUUUUUGUCUUUCCAGUUCUACCAGAAUUAAAGCUGCUGUGUGGGGCUGAUUUUCUACAGACAUUUAAGACACCCAAUCUCUGGAAGGAAGAACACAUCACUGAAGUAGUAGAAAAGUUUGGUUUAGUCUGUGUUAGUCGUGCUGGCUCUGAUCCUGCUCAGCAUAUCAAAGAAUCAGAACUUUUAUCUAAAUUUCAGCACAAUAUCUUUCUGGUGAAAGAAUGGAUUCAGAACGAAAUUAGUGCAACACAGAUACGCUAUGCCUUGCGCAGAGGGUUAAGUGUAAAGUAUCUUAUUCCUGAUUCUGUUAUAGCCUACAUUGCACACCAUAAUAUCUACACAGAAGAGAGUGAGCGGAAGAACGAAGGUGACUUGCUUCAGCCACUGAAGCUGCAUAGCACACCAGUAAACCCACUCAAUGACUGAUGUCUGUAGUGUGUCAAGUGGACAGACUUAGAGUUUUUUCCUGUAAAGUUCUUGAGGAAACUUGAUUCUUGUUAAUGAGGAGAAAAUAAGUCAGUCCAAAAUCUCUUGAAUUUGUGUGGUGUUUUAAA